CUAUUAUAAAUACUCUCUCCCCUUUUGCAUGAAAUUGUGGGAUUUUCUAUCUUUUAUACAAGCUAAGUGAGAAAGAGAAAGAGCAAGGUUUCUCGAGAGACCCUAAAUAAAUCCUUUCUUCCCAAAUUUGAAUACAUUUGUAUCAUUCAAUAACCUAAUCACAAUCGACAUGGCCUUAUUUGACCUCCACCAUCCAUGGCUCUUAGUGUUUGGAGUCUUAGGAAACGUUAUCUCCAUAUUGGUCUUCUUAGCUCCAGUGCCAGCAUUCCGACGAAUCUGCAAAGAAAAAUCAACGAUGGGUUAUCAAUCAGUACCUUACGUGGUAGCACUAUUUUCAUCGAUGUUAUGGAUGUAUUAUGCAUUUAUCAAGAAAAACGCCAUUCUUCUUGUAUCCAUCAACUCCUUUGGUUGCAUUGUUGAGACCAUUUACAUUACCAUUUUCAUUCUCUACGCAUCCAAGGAGUCUAGGAGGCAGACGGUGCGGCUUUUGGUAUUAUUGAUCGGAGGAUUGUACACACUCAUAUUUUUAAUCACUUUAUUCCCUUUGAAUGGAGUCCUACGCGUACAAGUUGUUGGUUGGAUUUGUGUAACCGUAGCAGUGGGUGUUUUUGCAGCACCUCUUAGCAUCGUGUUUCAAGUGGUUCGAACAAAGAGUGUGGAAUUCAUGCCUUUCACUCUCUCUUUCUUUCUUACUUUGAGUGCUAUCAUGUGGUUUGGUUAUGGACUCCUUCUAAAGGACUUGUGUAUUGCACUGCCGAAUGUGUUGGGUUUCUUUCUGGGAAUGAUUCAAAUGUUGUUAUAUGGAAUUUACCGAAACGCGAAGCCAUCAAUAGAUUUAGAGAAAAAAGUGUGUGAGCUCGUAAUAAACUCAGAACAGAUUCAUCCUCUUGAUUCCGAGGACAUUAAUUCCAACGAUGAACAAGGAAUUAACACGGCCGGAGUAGUCCCAGUAUCGGUGGCAAACAACAAUGACAAUGAGGAGCGACUUGGCGAGCAACUAGCACAAGUGAACUUGCAGCCCCUUCAAACACCGGUGCUUGUGGUGUGUGCUGCAUGAAUUUUACUCUUUUAUUAUCAUUUAAUAGUUUAUCUGCUUCUACGUUUCAUUGCUUUUUUUGUUUAUUUAUUUGUAAGUUAUAGUAUUAAAAAUUACCUACCUACCUACCACUUUCGGUUUCCAUUUCUCUGUAUAAAGAGGAAAAGAGAAAUAUUAUGAAUCAAAAGGCCGUUAAAUAAUAUGUAUUAUUUACAUUUCAAUCCACGAUUUAUUUUUGUUUCUAA